CUUUGUUAUGUCGGGGUGACCAUGAACUUUUUGUUUCUUUUUGCUCUGUCCUGAAUGCUAUGGAAAAAGGUUGAGCUUCUAUCAUGAAGUUUGCUUAUGAGCUUCUAUCCUCUGGCUCACCAUUCGCAGUAUGAUUCCUCACAAGACAAAAAGAGGAGCGGCAGCACUUGCAAGAUUGAAGGCCUACGAGGGAGUUCCUCCUCCAUAUGACAAGAUGAAAAGGAUGGCCAUCCCUGAUGCACUCAAGGUUUUGAGGCUCCAAGCUGGACAUAAGUACUGCUUGUUGGGUAGGCUGUCAUCGGAAGUGGGAUGGAAUCACUUUGAUACCAUUAAGGGGAGAACUGGCUACUUGUCUCUUUUGCAUGCAGCUGUUACCAGAUCGUUUCCAAUACUAAGGAGGGGUUUGGGCUUAUUUCCUGUAAUUUGUAUAUCAGCAUCGCCAUCACAAUCGGCGACUGUUUUCUUAUUGGAGAUAAAUGACUUAAUAAAAGAAGGAACUCAGAGAUAAAGAGGAAGGAGAGGGCACAACUUGUAUAUGAGAGGAAGAAGCAGUUGAACAAAAUGAGGGCGAAGGCUAAGAAGGCCGCGGAAGAAAUGCUCGGUACCCAUAUGGAAAUUAUUGCCCCUUACAUGUCGAUUUAGUCUUGUAGACAUCUGCGACAAUUUCGGGAAAGAAUUUGAGGUUGACGUCUAUAUUUUAUGGUUAUUAAUACGAGCUUGGUUGGCCAGCGAUAGCAGUAGAAUCAUAAUGGACA